UGAUUUGAAGCAGACAAAAAUUUAAAUCUUUGUAUAUAGGUUUGAGACCCAUUGUGAAACCCCUGACUUACAAAUGCUGAAACUGCACUCCCUGGCCUCCCGUAAUGAUCUGCUUGAAUUCUCUAGUGGACGGUUUAUGUCCGGCGACGCUGACCGUCGUGCCGUCCCAGCGAGGAUGUUCCUCUGACGAAGACGGCCCUGGAGGCCACAAAUGCUGUCUAUUUGACUGUGGGCCUGUUUGCGUGCUGCCCAUUUUCAUGAAGCCGGGUCAAUGUCCCAUACCGGAGAUGAUUCCACUGUGUGCUGAAAGCUGUUUCCACGAUGGUCAGUGUCCUACCACACAGAAGUGUUGCCCAACCACCAGUGGCUUUGCAUGCAGUGAACCACGUGGUCAGGGAAGAGGUCAGGCAAGUUGCCAGGGAAGCGGCGCGGGACAGGGCUUCGGAGCUGGCCAGGGAAGCGGAGUGGGACAGGGCUUCGGAGCGGACCAGGGAAGCGGAGUGGGACAGGGCUUCGGAGCGGACCAGGGAAGCGGAGUGGGACAGGGCUUCGGCGCUGGACAGGGAAGAGGAGUGGGACAGGGCUUCGGAGCUGGACAGGGAAGAGGAGUGGGACAGGGCUUCGGAGCUGGCCAGGGAAGCGGAGUGGGACAGGGCUUCGGAGCUGGCCAGGGAAGCGGAGUGGGACAGGGCUUCGGAGCAGGCCAGGGAAGCGGAGUGGGACAGGGCUUCGGAGCUGGCCAGGGAAGCGGCGCUGGCCAGGGAAGCGGCGCUGGACAGGGAAGCGGCGCUGGACAGGGAAGCGGCGUGGGACAGGGCUUCGGAGCUGGCCAG